CACUUGUAAAUGUGAGCGCGAGAAAGAAAAAAGAUACAAAUGUUAUCAUAUUAUCUCUUUCUCACUCACGAAGAAUAAUAAAACAAUAUUUACCGGCUAACGUGUUGCUGAUGCACCUUUAAAAAAAUAACCCUUAAGGCAAAUAAAAUAGCUGUUUACCUGAUUGAUAAUAAUUUUUGUAUUUGUUAUUAUCUUUUCAUUAAAUUUUGUUCCUUUUUUAACAUGGAGUCUUCACGAAGAACUGAAAGUAAUCUUAGUAUUUCAUCGAUUGUUUCUGAUUCUAAUUUAAAAGAAGACGACACGGACACAGUGAUAAAAUCAAACGCCAUGUUAAAAAUUUUGCUGGAAGCAGCAUCUGACACAAACGCAGAGAAUUUAGCACUUGGUAGUGAAAUUUCAGAAUUGCUCAGUGCUCUGAAAUUUGAUCUGAAAUUAUUACCCCCUGAUAUCAGAGAUGGGUUACAGACAGUAGUUGCAAUUUUAAAGUCGGAAGGAUUAGCAUCUGUGGAUGAGACAAUGUUGACAUUGUGUUUGGAGAAGAAAAAAAUUGAGAACAAAAUGAAGGAAAGGGAAGAAAGAUUAUUAAGAGCAAAAUAUAAUUAUGCAUUUACCAAAUACAAUGCUUUUGAAUGCAAGUUGAAUCAAUUAAGAAAAGAAAUUGAAGAGGUUGAAGACACCUUGCAAGAAAAGAUAUCCAAUGAUGAAAAUGAAGAAUCUAAUAGGAUAUUAUGGUCAAGUCGAUUGCAUGAUUACAAAGAUACUGUUAAGAAGCUUGAGGAAGAACUAAAUGAAUUAAACAUUAAAGAAAUCGGGAUAGAGGCGAUACAGCAAAAAUCUUCAAUUUUAAUGGAGAAACUGAAUGAUCUUGUAGAGUUAGAUCAAGAACUUUCAAAAUAUAAAGACUUGCCUCCUAAUCUGUUACAAGCAAAAAAUGCUCUAGAAAAUAAAAGAAAGGAGCAACAAGCUGUUGAAAAUGCACUGCAUGAGAUAUUGAGUUAA